GUGACCUAUUCACGUUAUAUUUUUCAUAGAAAGCCAUAAUUUAUUUUUAAUUGGGUAUUUGUGUACGUUUAUACAUAUGCACGUAUGCGAUAAAAGAAAAGUUCCCAUUUAAGAAAUAUUUCGGGUAUUCGUUAAAUACCGGUUUAACAAUUAUUUUAACUACAAAGUACCUAAUCGAAAAAAAGCUUGAUCUAGCACUAUAUUUUUCGAUUUAUUUCGCUACAAUUUCACGGUAUUUCACCACAUCAAAUUCGAUCUGCUAUGUAUUCGAUUACUUUAUUGGUUUGUUUAGUGCUCCUAUUUAACUUCCUAAAUUGCGAAUUGGUUGCAUUAGUAGUUAUAUACCGUCAUGGAUCGAGGGGACCCGUAUUAAUGUACAAUAACGACCCGUACAAGAAAAACUACAGGGAAAUUUGGCCCCAAGGGUUCCAGCAACUAACAAACCGAGGAAAGAACCAGCAGUUUGCGCUUGGAAAAUGGUACAGGCGGCACUACAAAGACUUCAUACCGACCGAGUACCACCACGAGUUCACCAGAGUGAUGUCCUCCGACGUCGACAGAUGCCUGAUGUCCGCCGCUUCGAAUUUAGCCGGGCUCUUUCCACCGCGAGGCGAGCAAGUUUGGACCAAAAGCAUCCCGUGGCAGCCGAUUCCCAUCCACACCACACCGUACGAAGAAGAUCCCGUACUGGCGGUGGGGAAACCGUGUCCAAAACACGCCGAACUUAUGGCCAAAUUCAAGGAGCAGGAGGAAUACCGAUCGUAUUUUGAGAAAAUGCGACCUGCUAUCGAUUAUAUAUUGAAGAAAAGCGGGGAAACCUCGGACGAGAUGGCCGAAAUUAUCCACGAUACCCUCUUCGUGGAGUCUUAUUUCGACCUUCCGCUGCCCAAAUGGACGAAUAGGGUGUUCCCCAACAUCACUUGGUCUCUUAUGUCGUACGCUAUGAGGCUACCGAUUGCCACGCCACAACUAACUAGACUGAAAGCCGGUCCUGUAGUCGAUUACAUAACGUCGUUCUUUGAAAAAGUGACGAAAAAUCCGGAGGAAUCGCAGAAAUUCCUGAUGCUGUCUGCCCACGACAUAACGCUCGUUUAUUUGCUGCAAGCGCUGGGCUUGUACGAUGGUAGUUGGCCGGAGUACGCUUCAUCGGUCAACUUCGAACUUCAUUCCACCGGAGUUGGAGAGGACGAGAAAUACCUGGACAUUUACUUCAAGAACAGUACGGUUUAUCAAAAACUGACGUUGGAAAAAUGCGGCGCCCAAUGCGAAUUUUCGGAGUUUACGCGGCUGAUCGACGACGUGAGGAUGAGCCCGGAAAAUUGGCAAAAGGAAUGUUUUAACGUAUAGAUGUGAAUGUUUGUUAUUGUUUGUUAUUUUUUAAUCGAUUUUGAUUUUUUAAUUAAUAAAGUUUUAUCCUUGGUCGA